CCUAAACGUCAUAACGUCAAUAGACAACAAUCGACUUUCGAUUUCGAAGUGGCGGAGUAAAAUAAUAUUAUUAAGUUUUGUAACAAUUCAUUGUAAGCAUUCGUUUUUGAAAAUUUAAAAUGACAAGCACCUCUUCUUAUAACAAUGACAAAGUUGUCCAAGGUGAAGUGGAAUAUCCCGCUAGUGAUCCGGCCUCAGGAGCUUUCUUUCAACCAGAUUAUAAAAAGAAUGAAGACCUAAAACUAAUGCUGGAUGGGUCUAAAGAUUCUUUAAAGCUGGAGGCUAUGAAGAGAAUCAUUGGAAUGAUUGCUAAAGGACGAGAUGCAUCAGAUCUAUUUCCUGCCGUUGUUAAGAAUGUAGUUUCAAAAAAUAUAGAAGUUAAGAAGCUGGUGUAUGUGUAUCUUGUGCGUUAUGCUGAAGAGCAGCAGGAUCUUGCUUUAUUAUCCAUCAGUACAUUCCAACGGGCCCUGAAGGAUCCAAAUCAAUUGAUUAGAGCGAGUGCUCUCCGAGUUCUGUCGUCGAUUCGUGUACCAAUGAUUGUUCCCAUUGUAAUGCUAGCAAUACGAGACUCGGCCAGUGACAUGAGUCCAUAUGUGAGGAAGACAGCUGCUCACGCCAUUCCUAAGCUUUACAGUCUAGAUCCAGAUCAGAAAGAAGAGCUCGUCGCGAUUAUUGACAAACUGUUGUCUGAUAAAGCACCUUUAGUAGUCGGGUCAGCAGCCAUGGCCUUCACCGAAGUUUGUGGAGAUCGCAUGAGCCUAAUUCAUAGAAGUUACAGGAAACUCUGCUCCCUGCUGGCCGACGUGGACGAAUGGGGUCAGCUGACAUUGCUGAAUGUAUUGACUGUCUACGCCAAGACCUGCUUCCCGAAUCCGAAUAAUGAUAGCUACUCGAGCGAGAGCGACAAGCCGUUCUACGAGUCGGACAGCGAGGGCAGCGCGGGCGGCGCGGCGGGCGGGGGCGCGGGCGGCGCGGGCGGCGCGGGCGUGGACGCCGACCUGCGGCUGCUGCUGCGCGCCGCCAAGCCGCUGCUGCAGAGCCGCAACGCCGGCGUCGUCAUGGCCGUCGCGCAGCUCUUCUACCACUGCGGGCCCGUUCAAGAAUUGCAGCCGGUAGCGAAAGCCAUGGUUCGUUUGUUGCGAGCACCAAUCGAAGUACAGAGUGUGGUACUGAACUCCAUAGCCUCCCUCACGGUCACUAGGCGGUCAAUCUUCGAACCGUUCCUGAAAUCGUUCUUCGUCCGGAACUCCGACCCGACCCACAUCAAGCUCCUGAAGCUGGAGAUCCUCACCAACCUGUCGACGGAGGCCAGCGCGCCGGUCGUGCUCCGCGAGUAUCAGACCUACGUCACCUCCAACGACAAGGCGUUCGUGGCCGCCACCAUACAGGCCAUAGGCAGGCUCGCCGUGGCCAUCCACACCGAGACCGAGACGUGCCUCAACGGACUGCUGCAUCUGCUGUCGAGCAAAGAUGAGUGGGCCGUGUGCGAGGCCGUGGUGGUGGUGAAGCGCGUGGUGGGCGGCGGCGCCGCGUCCGCCCGCGCCGCCGUCUCGCGCGCCGCCAAGCUGCUGCGCUCCGACAGGCUGGCCGGCAACGCCCGCGCGGCGGCGGUGUGGCUCGUGGCGGAGCACGGGGCGAAGCACCCGCGGGCCGCGGCCAUACUGGCGCACAUGGCGUCUAACUUCGCCGAUCAGGACGAGCUGGUGAAGCUCCAGCUGCUGUCGCUGGCGGUGAAGCUGUCGCUGACGCAGCCGGACACGCUGCCCAUGUGCAAGUACGUGCUGGCGCUGGCGCGCUACGACGCGAGCUACGACGUGCGCGACCGGGCGCGCAUGCUACGCCGCUUCGUGGAGCCGGAGCACGCCGGCCUGCUCAGCCAGUACGCCAAGCACAUAUUCUGUCCGGAUAAACCGAAACCUACCGUGCACUGUAAUUACAAAGAACGAGACCAGUACACGGUAGGCUCUCUCUCCCAGUACAUCGGAUCGGCUGCUAACGGGUACCGGCCCCUGCCUUCAGCUCCUCGGGAGACCAUUGCAGCAGAGCUUCGUGAAAUUGCUAUGCCAAUUAGUACUCCUGUAGUUGAGGAGGGGCAGAAGAACAAAAGCUUCUACUCGGAGCCAGACAGCGACGGCUCAGGAUCCUCGUCAUCAACCUCGACCGAUUCUAGCAGUUCGGAGGAUUCUUCUGAUGAGGAAAAAUCAAACGAUGCUGAGAAGAAAGAGAAUAAACCUAAAGAAACGAACAAUUACAAAUCAUCCAAUUCGGACUCAUCGGACUCUGAGUCUGAUAGCGACACGUCGUCGAACUCGGAGAGUGAGACGGCGAAUUCGGAGAGCAGUGAAGACAAUAACAAGAAAGAAGAUCAAAAGGAAACACCAAAAUCAGAGGCAAAGGAUAAGAAGAAUGAGAAGUCGAACUUAGAAUUACUUUUGGAACUGGACGAAGUUGCCAGUUCUUUGCCGACCAUGACGCCCACUUGUGGGGGAUUCUUAUCCCCUCCAACGGUUCCACCUGCUGGAAUUGAAGACGCGGACGGCAUCACGCCGGUGGGCCCGGCGCUGGCGCCGCCCACGCGCACCGAGGUCGUGCCGCGCGUGACGUCACGCGGGCUGAGCGUCUCGCGGCGCUGGACGCGCGCGCCGCACCUCUACUCGCACAAGAUGUGCGCCGUCGAGCUCACCUUCACCAACCACACGCCCGACGACAUCGACAACAUCCGCGUCAGCCGGAAGACGCUAACAGGAGCGCGCGCUGUCCACGAGUUCGCGGCGAUCCCACGCCUGGGCGGCGGCGCCAGCGUCACGGGCACGCUCGGCGUGGACUUCGCGGACACCAUACAGCCUGUCGAAUUCACCGUCAUGAGUUCGUUGGGUGAGGUGAAUGCGUCGAUCACUCCGCCGGUGGGGGAGUUGAUGCGCGCCGUCAGCAUGUCGAGUGCGCGCUGGGACCGGGAGCACAAGGGGCUGCGGGGCAUGACCGAGUGUAAUAAGCAAGCUGCGAAACUGGAAAACGAGCAAGCCGUGUGCAAGCGAGUGUUCGAGACGGCCAACGUGGCCGCCGUAACGGCUACUGGGAACUUUCUGAGGUUCGCCGGUCGAAUGAUGUCAUCGCAAGAUUUAGUUUUGUUAUCUGUGAAAAUAGACGACGAAUCUUGUAUGGUCACUGCCAAUUGUUCCAAUAUGGCGAUCGCUUCGAUGUUAGCCAAUCAAAUCGCACAGGCCUUCGCUAGAGACUAAAUAAAAUUUAUGUCACAUUGUAUAUUUUUAAUUAGCCAAUAUAUUAGGAGUGUGUCGAAAAUAUUGAAUUUUAAUACAUUUAUAUAAAUUGGCCCCGAAUAAGAUCUUCAUUGUUAUUUUUAAUUUUUUAAAAAUUUACAUAUUGUUGUACUUUAAGUAGAUAUCUUAAAUAUUAUGAGAUGGCAACAAUUUAUAUUUAAAAUAAAAAUGGCUAAUAAUUUAUUCUACAAUGUGCGAUUUAAUAAUAACAUAUUCACCACUACAC